UUUUGAUUGUAGUUCACAUUUAGCAAAUCAUUUAGUUUAUGUAUUUCCUUUAUUUCUUUUUCGAUUUUGCUGACAGCUGUGGUGAAAGCAAAACUUCACAGAACCGAAACUAGUAAGAAAAUGCACACUAAACCGCAUUCGCGUCUUGCCGUGCGGUUUCUGCAUGAAUUGUACUUAAAUAUUUAUUUUUCCAAAAAAUAUAAAUAUCGACUCUGAAUGCUUUUUUUUAACAAAAAAAAAAAAAUUAAUAAAACUUUACGAGUUAAGAUUUACUAAAGCGAGCUGAAGGAUUAUAUAAGAAUUUUCCAAUGGAGAAAGUUGCAAUACCCUUUCACGAAUCAAUCUCACCUAGUUCGUCUUACAAAAUGCGCGAAAUCGACCGUCAAUUAAAAAAGUUUAAAAAUGACGCAAUUUUGUGUCAGGCGUUUACAGAUAAUGGCCUCGCGUGUACUUCGAACGGUGACGAUUCAUUUGAACGAGCAUAUAAAAAUCCAAUUAUUGUUAACCGCAGUUCAGAAAUUCAAGAAUAUAAAAAAAGAAUUGAAGAACUUCAUCGUAUUAAUAAUAAAUUAAACCUUGAGAAUACCAUUUGUAACGAUCAAUUAAAGCAGCAACAAGCAACUAUAAUAAGUUUACAGUCGGAAAUCGGAAGAUUAACGGAAAAUCGUCAUAACAAUUUGUCAACGGAUAUGCAAGUUCUAAAAGAGCAGCUCAAUGUUUAUCACGAAGACUUUAACGCUGAAAAAAGGGAAAGAUUAAAACUAAAGGAGCGAAACAUAUUUUUACAGACCCAACUAGAAGAAGCUAAAAAUAUAUUAGAGAGUCAGCAUAAAAAGUUGCUGUUGUAUUCGGAAAUAUUUCCCGAUUCUGUUAACCAGAAAAUUAAUCCAACUGUCUCUACGGUACCAAAAUACAAAGUUAAAAGCACGCCACCUUCACCAACUUUAAACGAAUCAAGACAUUUCACAACGAAUGUAAAUACCCAACUACAAGAAAACUUAUCACUUUUGCAUAAACCUAUACCUUUAAAAACUCCUUUACGAAAAUCUAAUAGUAGCCAUAUUGAAACUUUCCGUUUUAACUCAGAAAAUGAAUUAAAUUUUUCCUCUUAUUUAUGUAAAUCUAAAGAAGAAAGAAAUUUCUCAUCAAAUAAAAACCAAGACUUGUUGUCGCCAUCGCAUUCCUGUAUUGCAAAUUCUGAUAAAACUACGACUUUAUAUAGCGAUAGCGACCGGAGAUUUAACGAACAUUUUUUCGAAUUCGAUGAACAUUCAAAUAGAUACAAAGACCUUGAUUCUUUCUCUGAUAUUAUAUGUAAAAAGCAUUAAA